AUGGCAAAGGAUCAGUCAUCGGCCGCCGCAGAUGAAGCUGACAUAGAGGCAAUCAAGGCUUUCGGGCUCUUGGCCUUAGCAAUGCAUGGCUCCUGUUACAGUAUGGCUGCCUACCUCAAUGUGGGAACUGCGGUCAAAAUUGCCUUUUCACUCGGACUACAUAGAGACAUGUGCUCAAGGACCAAGGACCUGGUCGAAAGGGAGAGAUGCAGACGCGUGUGGACGACAAUCUAUACGAUGGACCAUGAAAUCGCAAUUCGUCUAGGCUAUCCCUGCGCGAUAGUUGACGAGGCCGUGUUGGAUCCCGGACCUUAUAUGCCGCUAGGUUACCAGGCUCUAUCACUGAGUCUGGUCAAACUGAGAAAGAAGAUCAGCUACGACUGUUUCCUUGAACCAGCACAUUCCGGCGGUCGACUGCCGAUAAGCCGAGUGUUCAACAAUCUGACACGCCUGUGUAGGUGGCUGGAGAGUAUCCCUUCGUAUCUCCAUUGGAAAUCAUUUCUUCCGCCUCAACAUCGACGAGCAGUGGCAGUGCUACACUUGCGGUACUGGAUCUCUGUCAUCUUCAUCACACGCCCUUUCCUUCUCGUCUCGAUUCCGAAGCCGUCCCGCAUCACGGUUCCAGCAAAACAGCAAUGCUAUGAGCAGUUAAGUGCCCGGUGCAUCCAAGCGGCCGAGAGGGCGGUGGAAGUGGUGAAGCACAUGAAACAGGCGGAGAUCUUGUCGAGCAUGACCCUCCUUGACUGCCACUCCAUUGGAGAGGUGAUGUGGAUCCUGAUACUUGCGUUUCAGAAGCACGGCGACAGUGGACAUCAGCAGCUCAUCAAGUUCUGCCUGGACACCCUCAAGAGCAUGGAUCAAGUAGGUUGGUGUGAGAAGGUCUUGCCUGAUCUCGAAGCAAGAGUGCAAGAAAGCGGUGCCUUGGACUCAGUAGGCCGUCUCAACGGCUCACGCCAAACACUUCCCGAACGAAUACCUCCGCAAAGCAACCCAGGCUCUAGAGUCAACGACCGCCCAAUGAUGCAGGAGCUUCCAUCCGAACCUCCCCAAGCCUUAGAAGACUCAUUUGAUUUCCCUGACUUUGAUUUUAGCAGCUCUCAAUUGGACGCCCUGGAAAUGGUCGAGCUCGACUUUCACUCGGAGUUGCUGGGAGUAUUCGAUGGUGCGACUUUAUCGACCCCAUUAUCAAUGUUCGGUAUGCCCCAGGUGUAG